AAACGAGUCCAAAAAGAAAAAAUUAAUAAUAAAAUAAUAAUUUUAAAAAAAUGAAAAAGAAAACAGAAAUCAUCCGUACCGCUGAGACACCUUCUAUAUCUUUUCUUCUCUUUGUCCUUGACUCCUUCCCGUCAAAAGCCUAAAAUCCUAAUCACAGACAGUGGAGCUAGCCUUCCAUUUUCUUAUCAGAAAAAGACCCAUUUCAAAUACUCCUUCAAAAGUGGAUAUUUACCACUCUUUCUAUCUGGGUCUGGUUCAGGUAUAUAUGAUCUGGGUUUUAAUACAUAAAAGCUAGCUGUUACUCUGAGGUGAUGAUAAUAAGAUAAGCUGCAUAUGCUGAUCAAAUCAUUUAUGUGAGUUUAUCUUUGAAGAGGUUUUGUAUCUUGGUGUUGUGAAUAGUCUGGCAAUCUGGAUGGUCAUGGAUCAACAUUUGACUGGACUUUCUAUCAAUGGGUUGGAGUACAUGAGGGAUGAUUCUCUUCUGGGCUUAUCAAAUCAAAACAAAGGUGAUAAUGGGUCGGGAACGAGAGAUCAGUUUGUUGAUCAAAAUUAUGCAAAUAUGCUUCUAUUUCCUCCCAAUUCAAUCCCCAGUGAUUCAUCCCCUUCUUUUAGUGUGAACCAAGAAGGGGAUGCUCAUGAGGACUAUGAUUUCAGUGAUUUAGUUCUAAAGUACAUAAGCCAAAUGCUUAUGGAAGAAGAUAUUGAAGAAAAGACCUCCAUGUUUCAUGAGUCUUCAGCGCUCCAAGCCGCCGAAAAAUCAUUGUAUGAGCUUCUUGGGGAGAAGUAUCCAUCUUCACCUCAUAGUUCCCCGAGUCCAUCUCAUGAUCAAAAGCACGAAAGACCCGAUGAAAGUCCUGGUUUGCAGUACGGUAACUGUAGUAGUAAUACAAACGGUACUAGUAGUGUCAGCCUAGUGGAUCCUGGGUGGAUCUAUGAUCUGGGUGAAUAUAAGUCACCACAAGUUGCUGCUCAGUCAACUUCUCAUUCCUCCCAUGGUUCACCAAAUGGGACUGGUAAUCUUAUGGAUGGGUCUAUGGAUUCUCCUGUGAGCAUUCUUAAAGUUCCUGAUAUGUUUAAUGAGAAUGAGUCUGUCAUGCAAUUUAAGAGAGGGUUUGAGGAAGCAAGCAAGUUUAUUCCUAAUGGAAAUAGUCCCUUUUUUGAUUUGGAAAGCAAUAGAUUGUUACCUAAAGAGGUAAAAAUAGAGACUAGAGAUGUGGUAGUUAAGUUUGAGAAUGAAAAUUUGAUGGAUGGAUCAAGGCGAAAGAAGAAUCCUCAUAGUGAGGAUGCUAGUUCAGAGGGAGGGAGGAAUAACAAACAAUCAGCAGUUUGUUCGGAAUCAACUGUGAGUUCAGAAAUGUUUGAUAUGAUUUUGCUAAACUGUGGUCAGGGUGAAUCAGCUCUUCGAGAAGCUUUGCAAAAUGGAACAAGCAAAAAUGUUCAGCAGAAUGGUCAGUCCAAAGGGUCAAGUGGAAAAACUCGUGGGAAGAAGCAGGGAGGUAAAAGAGAUGUGGUAGAUUUGAGAACUCUUUUGACACUUUGUGCACAAGCUGUUGCAGCUGAUGAUCUCCGGACUGCUAAUGAGUUUCUGAAGCAGAUCAGACAGCACUCAACUUCUACGGGGGAUGGAAUGCAAAGAAUAGCCCAUUAUUUUGCUGAUGGCCUUGAGGCACGGAUAGCUGGCUCUGGUACUCAGAUUCACAAAACCCUUAUUACGUGGCCGACAUCUGCUGCUGAUAUCUUGAAAGCCUACCAUCUAUUUCUUGCUGCAUGUCCUUUUAAGAAGCUAUCAAAUUUCUUCUCAAACAAGACAAUUAUGAAUAUAGCUGAGAAAGCAACAAGGCUCCACAUUAUUGAUUUCGGUAUUCUUUAUGGUUUUCAGUGGCCUUGCCUCAUAGAACGUCUCUCAUCUAGGUCCGAGGGACCUCCUAUGCUUCGGAUUACCGGGAUUGAUUUACCACAACCAGGUUUCCGACCAGCUGAAAGGGUUGAGGAGACAGGACGGCGCUUGGCAAACUAUGCAGAAACAUUCAAAGUUCCAUUUGAAUUUAAUGCUAUAGCACAAAAGUGGGACACCAUUCAAGUUGAGGAUCUUAAACUUAGGGAUGAUGAGGUGCUUGUUGUCAAUGUUAUGUACAGAUUCAGAAAUCUACUGGAUGAGACUGUGGUGGUUGACAGUCCAAGAGAUAUCGUCUUGAACUUGAUCAGGAAGAUAAAUCCCGAUGUUUUCAUACAUGGAAUUGUCAAUGGAGCCCAUAGUGCACCUUUUUUUAUCACACGUUUCCGAGAGGCUCUUUUCCACUUCUCUACACUGUUUGACAUGCUUGAGGUAAAUGUUCCCCGAGAGAUUCCUGAAAGGAUGCUGAUUGAGAAGGUGAUAUUUGGACGUGAAGCUAUAAAUGUUAUUGCAUGUGAAGGUUCAGAGAGGACAGAGAGGCCAGAGACAUACAAACAGUGGCAAGUCCGGAAUCAGAGAGCUGGGUUUAGGCAGCUUCCUUUGAAUCAGGAGAUCUGGCGGAUGGCAAAGGACAGGAUGAAAUCAUUCUACCAUAAGGAUUUUGUGAUUGAUGAAGAUGGAGAUUGGCUGCUGCAGGGGUGGAAGGGACGGAUUGUUUAUGCACUUUCUACUUGGAAACCGGCUUCUUAAAUUUAUUAGUGGUAUUAUUCAUUGCAGGGAAGGAUGACAUAAUUACCUAGCAAUCGGAUUGCUCCUGGUUCACUAGGUGAUUUUGCCAUUGAUUUGCGAUCUAUGAAGUGAAGGUUUUAUGGGAUGGGAACUUCGUUUGCUGUCUCCUUAUAUAUUACUCGCGAAAGGCAUGUUAUUGAAGCGAGGAUCGCUGACUUAAUCAUUUUAUGCCUGAAAGAAGGAUGGAUUUACAGAUUAUUUGUGUAUCUCAAAAAGUUAUAAUUUGUAACUUCGUGCAUAUAUGUGUACAAAUUGCCAGAAAUGAGCAAGCUAGCAACUUGCUGUGCAUAUAUAUGUAACUUCGAUCCUGCUUAGGCCAGUAUUAGCGAUGUUGGGAAUUCCAAUCAUAUAAUAAAUAAAUAAAUAAAUUAUGUCAUUAUUGAUUUUA